AGGGGCGGCGCCCGCCGCCGGUCACCGCCUCCCGCGCCUCCGCCGCCACCUUUCCAUUCAGCAGAACAUGGCUGGAGCGCGCUGAGUCCCAGUCGCUGCCUCCACCCGGCACCGCGGACACCGGACGGCGGCAUGUGGGGCUCCGCUGACGAGAGCUCGGUGCGCGUGGCCGUCAGAAUAAGACCACAACUUGCCAAAGAAAAGAUUGAAGGAUGCCAUAUUUGCACGUCAGUCACACCCGGAGAACCGCAAGUCUUCCUAGGAAAGGAUAAAGCUUUUACUUUCGAUUAUGUCUUUGACAUCGACUCCCAGCAAGAACAGAUCUACACUCAGUGCAUUGAAAAGCUCAUUGAAGGGUGUUUUGAAGGGUACAAUGCCACAGUUUUUGCAUACGGACAAACUGGAGCUGGAAAAACGUAUACAAUGGGAACAGGGUUUGACGUUAACGUGGUUGAGGAAGAGCAGGGCAUCAUUUCUCGUGCUGUUAAACACCUUUUCAAGAGCAUUGAAGACAAAAAACACACAGCAAUUAAAAAUGGACUUCCUCCUCCAGAAUUUAAAGUGAACGCCCAGUUCUUAGAGCUCUAUAAUGAAGAGGUCCUUGACUUAUUUGAUACCACUCGGGAUAUUGACGCAAAAAAUAAGAAAUCAAAUAUAAGAAUUCACGAAGAUUCAACUGGAGGAAUUUACACUGUGGGAGUCACAACACGCACUGUUAAUACAGAAUCAGAGAUGAUGCAGUGUCUAAAGCUGGGUGCUUUGUCCCGCACCACAGCCAGUACCCAGAUGAAUGUGCAGAGCUCUCGGUCACAUGCCAUUUUUACCAUUCACGUUUGUCAGACCAGAAUGUGUCCCCAAACAGACGCUGAAAACACAACUGAUAAUAAGAUGAUUUCUGAGUCGGCACAGAUGAAUGAAUUUGAAACACUGACUGCAAAGUUCCAUUUUGUUGAUCUAGCAGGGUCAGAGAGGUUGAAACGAACAGGAGCUACUGGCGAGCGGGCGAAGGAAGGGAUUUCUAUCAACUGUGGACUUUUGGCCCUUGGAAAUGUAAUUAGCGCAUUGGGUGACAAGAGUAAGAGAGCCACCCAUGUUCCCUAUCGAGAUUCCAAGCUGACGAGGCUGCUGCAGGACUCCCUGGGAGGCAAUAGCCAGACAAUCAUGAUAGCCUGUGUCAGCCCUUCAGACAGAGAUUUUAUGGAAACAUUGAACACUCUGAAAUAUGCCAAUCGAGCCAGAAAUAUCAAGAACAAAGUGAUGGUCAAUCAAGACAGAGCAAGUCAGCAAAUAAAUGCACUCCGUAGCGAGAUCACACGUCUUCAGAUGGAGCUCAUGGAGUACAAAACAGGCAAAAGAAUAAUUGAUGAGGAGGGCAUGGAAAGCAUCAAUGACAUGUUUCAUGAGAAUGCUAUGCUGCAGACUGAAAAUAAUAACCUGCGCGUGAGAAUAAAAGCCAUGCAAGAGACUGUCGAUGCGCUUCGGACCAGAAUCACGCAGCUCGUCAGCGAUCAGGCCAACCAAGUUCUUGCCAGAGCAGGUGAAGGGAAUGAAGAAAUUAGUAAUAUGAUUCAUAGUUACAUCAAGGAAAUAGAAGAUCUCAGGGCAAAGUUAUUAGAAAGUGAAGCAGUGAAUGAGAAUCUUCGGAAAAACUUGACCAGAGCCACAGCAAGAGCCCCGUAUUUCAGUGGGUCAUCGGCUUUCUCUCCUACCAUACUGUCUUCGGAUAAAGAAACUAUCGAAAUUAUUGAUCUAGCAAAGAAAGAUUUAGAGAAGCUAAAGAGGAAAGAGAAGAAAAAGAAGAAAAGGCUACAGAAACUUGAGGGAAGCAAUCGAGAAGAAAGAAGUGUGACUGGGAAAGAGGAUAAUACAGACACCGACCAAGAGAAGAAAGAAGAAAAGGGUGUUUCAGAGAGAGAAAACGAGUUAGAAGUGGAGGAGAAUCAAGAAGUGAGUGAUCAUGAGGAGGAAGAAGAGGAUGAGGAAGAGGAAGAGGAAGAGGACAUUGAAGGGGGUGAAAGCUCAGAUGAAUCAGAUUCUGAAUCAGAUGAAAAAGCUAACUAUCAAGCGGACUUGGCAAAUAUCACCUGUGAAAUUGCAAUCAAGCAAAAACUGAUUGAUGAGCUAGAAAACAGCCAGAAGAGACUACAGACGCUGAAGAAGCAGUACGAGGAGAAGCUGAUGAUGCUGCAGCACAAGAUCCGAGACACACAGCUGGAGAGGGACCAGGUGCUGCAGAACUUAGGAUCAGUGGAAUCUUACUCAGAAGAAAAGGCAAAGAAGGUCAAGUCUGAGUAUGAAAAGAAACUGCAAGCCAUGAACAAAGAACUGCAGAGACUUCAGACAGCACAGAAAGAGCAUGCACGGCUGCUUAAAAAUCAGUCUCAGUAUGAGAAACAGUUGAAGAAGUUGCAACAGGACGUUAUGGAAAUGAAAAAAACAAAGGUUCGCCUGAUGAAGCAAAUGAAGGAGGAGCAGGAGAAGGCCAGGCUGACCGAGGCUCGAAGAAGCAGAGAGAUUGCUCAGCUCAAAAAGGACCAGCGGAAGAGAGACCAUCAACUUAGACUGCUGGAAGCCCAGAAGAGAAAUCAAGAAGUAGUCCUUCGACGCAAAACUGAAGAGGUUACAGCUCUUCGUCGGCAAGUAAGGCCCAUGUCUGAUAAAGUUGCUGGGAAAGUCACUCGGAAGGCCAGCUCAUCCGAAAGCCCUGUUCAGGACAUGGGUUCCGGGGCAGCUGCUGUGGAAACAGAUGCAUCAAGGGCAGGCACCCAGCAGAAAAUGAGAACCCCCGUGGCAAGAGUCCAGGCAUUACUACCAACACCCACAACAAACGGAACCAGGAAGAAAUACCAGAGGAAAGGAUUGACUGGCCGGGUGUUCACUUCCAAAACAGCCCGCAUGAAGUGGCAGCUGCUGGAGCGCCGGGUCACCGACAUCAUCAUGCAGAAAAUGACCAUUUCCAACAUGGAGGCUGACAUGAACAGACUUCUCAGGCAACGGGAAGAACUCACAAGAAGACGAGACAAGCUUUCGAAAAAAAGAGAGAAGAUGGUGAAGGAGAGUGGAGAGGGAGAGAAGAGCGUGGCCCACAUCAGUGAGGAGAUGGAGUCCCUCACUGCCAAUAUCGAUUACAUCAAUGACAGCAUUGCAGAUUGCCAAGCCAACAUCAUGCAAAUGGAAGAAGCAAAGGAAGAGGGUGAGACCCUGGAUGUCACUGCGGUCAUCAAUGCCUGCACUCUUACAGAAGCCCGCUACCUGCUGGAUCACUUCCUGUCCAUGGGUAUCAAUAAGGGUCUCCAGGCUGCCCAGAAAGAGGCUCAAAUUAAAGUACUUGAAGGUCGACUCAAGCAAACUGAAAUAACCAGCGCUACACAAAACCAGCUCCUAUUCCACAUGUUAAAAGAGAAAGCAGAACUGAAUCCCGAGCUGGAUGCCUUACUAGGCCAUGCUCUGCAAGAUCUAGGUAGCGUUCCACCGGAAAAUACAGAGGAUAGCCCUGAUGAAGAUGCACCUCUGCACAGCCCAGGGUCAGAAGGAAGCACACUGUCUUCAGACCUUAUGAAGCUCUGUGGUGAAGUAAAACCUAAGAACAAGGCCCGGAGGAGGACCACCACUCAGAUGGAACUGCUGUACGCAGACAGCAGUGAACUAGCUUCAGACGCUAGUGCAGGAGAUGCCUCCUUGCCUGGCCCUCUUACACCUGUUGCCGAAGGGCAAGAGAUUGGGAUGAAUACAGAAACAAGUGGUACUUCUGCUAGGGACAAAGAGCUUCCUUCCCCGCCUGGCUUACCUUCUAAGAUAGGCAGCAUUUCCAGACAGUCAUCUCUAUCAGAAAAAAAAGUACCAGAGUCUUCCCCUGUAACCAAGAGAAAGGUGUAUGAGAAAGCAGAAAAAUCAAAAGCCAAGGAACAGAAGCACUCAGAUUCUGGGACUUCAGAGGCUAGUCUCUCACCUCCUUCCUCCCCACCAAGCCGGCCCCGUAAUGAACUGAAUGUCUUUAACCGCCUUGCUGUUUCUCAGGGAAAUACAUCAGUUCAGCAGGAUAAGUCUGAUGACAGUGACUCCUCUCUGUCGGAGGUACACAGGGGCAUAAUCAACCCAUUUCCUGCUUCCAGAGGAGUCAGAAUGGCCCCACUUCAGUGUGUUCACGUAGCUGAAGGCCACACAAAAGCUGUGCUCUGUGUAGAUUCUACUGACGAUCUUCUCUUCACUGGAUCAAAAGAUCGUACCUGCAAAGUGUGGAAUCUUGUGACAGGACAGGAAAUAAUGUCACUGGGGGUGCACCCAAACAACGUCGUGUCUGUAAAAUACUGUAAUUACACCAGUUUGGUCUUCACAGUGUCAACAUCUUAUAUUAAGGUGUGGGAUAUCAGAGACUCAGCAAAGUGCAUUCGAACACUGUCAUCUUCAGGUCAAGUUACUCUUGGAGAUGCUUGUUCUGCAAGUACCAGCCGGACGGUAGCUGUUCCUUCUGGAGAGAAUCAGAUCAAUCAAAUUGCACUAAACCCAACGGGCACUUUCCUCUAUGCGGCCUCUGGGAAUGCUGUCAGAAUGUGGGACCUUAAAAGGUUUCAGUCCACGGGGAAGCUAACUGGACACCUGGGCCCUGUUAUGUGCCUUACUGUAGACCAGAUUUCCAACGGACAAGAUCUAAUCAUCACCGGCUCUAAGGAUCACUACAUCAGAAUGUUUGAUGUAACGGGAGGGGCUCUUGGAACAGUGAGUCCCACCCACAAUUUUGAGCCCCCUCAUUAUGAUGGCAUAGAGGCCCUGACCAUUCAGGGGGAUAACCUGUUCAGUGGGUCCAGAGACAACGGAAUCAAGAAAUGGGACUUAGCUCAGAAAGACCUGCUUCAGCAAGUCCCAAAUGCGCAUAAGGACUGGGUGUGUGCCCUGGGCCUGGUGCCAGGCCAUCCGGCUUUGCUCAGUGGCUGCAGAGGGGGCAUUUUGAAACUCUGGAAUGUGGAUACUUUUGUGCCAGUUGGAGAGAUGAGGGGUCAUGACAGUCCAAUCAACGCCAUCUGUGUUAACUCCACCCACGUGUUUACUGCAGCUGAUGAUCGAACUGUGAGAAUCUGGAAGGCCCGCAAUUUACAAGAUGGUCAAAUCUCUGACACAGGAGAUUUGGGGGAAGAUAUUGCCAGUAAUUAAACAUGAAUGAAGAUUAGUCAUAAACUGAAUACUGUGAUGAUGCUCUUUUGUUCCUUAUUUAAAAUGCUGUACUGCAUUCGUUAUAAAUGGAAUUAACUGGAAAAAUAUAUCUGAAUCCAUCUAGUAAUAUAAAUGUAUUCUAAUAUAACUGUGUACCAUCUUGUGUGUGUAAUCUUAAUAUCUACCAGUACACAUCCUAUGAUUGCUAUAUUGCUUGAAUAACACUUUUACUGCAGCUGGAUUUUUGU